AUGAAAAAUUCGAAAUUACUUAUUAUUCUCCUUCUUGUUGGUACCAUUAAUGCUGACGUUGUCUCUGAAGAAUAUGAUGAACACGAAGUAAUUACAAUUACUAAAGAUUUUUAUCGUAAAAAUUUUAUAAUAUACAACGCUAAACAUGACGUGGUAAACAUUCUUGUACCAACAAACUCUUUGAACUUCGAUGAAAACGAUGAUGAAGAAAAAAAGGAGAACUUUGAUAAGUAUCUUAUAUUAUUCUUCGUUGAAGCUGACGUAGACACAGCUGGUAAUAUAGUAGACAAAGGGCUAUACGUUUACAAGAAUGGACAGGCUACAAAACUUUUAGAAAAUGGGCGCGACGCUGCUGCAAGUAGCGAUAACAGCACUGAUGUGUUCUUUGGAGCAAAAGACGGUAUUUACAUGUAUGAUAACAAAGAAAACAAAGCAGUCAAAUACGGCUCUGUGACUGAUGAUAUUAUUGCAAUUGCUAAAGAAAACGCUACUGACGUAAUCUAUUAUCUGAAUAAAGAUCACGAAUUGUAUAAAGUCACUGAUAACGGUAAAAAAAGUGUUAAAAUAAACGACGUAGUAGGAGCUCAAGAAAUAGUUUUGGAUAGGGCCAAUAAUUUAUAUUUCUAUACUGAAGAUAAACAAGUGUAUGUCCUCAAUGAAAACGGUGUGAAGAAAUUUACAGAAUUGCCAGAACAUCCUAAGUCUGUUAAACUCAUAAAGCCUCCUGUUCUAGAAGAAGGAGUUGUGCUCCUUACAUUUAAUGCAUUUUAUGUCCUUUAUCCAAACGGAAAAUGCAAACUAGCUCAAUUUGUAAUCACAUCCAAUGCCAAACCAUCUGCUUAUGCUAUGGAAGGCACCGUUGUUCAAUACUUUGCAUAUCACAAAAAAAUUUACAAAUAUAACUUAUUGGAAAUUUUGGCUGGUGAUGUCUUUGAGGAUUUGAAUAAAUUGCUCGAGGAAAACCAAGGAAUAAUUCUAAAUGCAUCUCCUGUGAACAAAAUCAGUACCUGUAAGAUUAAGAAAUACAAACAAAUCUAG